AAUCGUUUUCUAGUGGAUUGACUAUUCACAUGCGAACUCACACUGGGGAAAGACCUUAUCUAUUCAAAGCCUUUGUAGCAUUAAAAAACUCACAUGAGAACACAUACAGGAGAGAAACCGUUUGCUUGCUCUGUAUGCAACAAAGCUUAUUCUCAGUCUGCUGAUCUGAAAAGACACAUGAAACAUGAAGUAGAAUUAAAUUCUAAAAUCAUGUCCGCGGAAACGGAACAGGAUAAGACUUCUUCUGGAAACAAGACCUCUAUCUGCUCUAUUUGUAAAAAAUCACUUUUAUCACAAAAUAUGAGAACACACAUGAAAACUCACGCGGGAGUUAAACCAUAUACCUGUAAAGUCUGCGAGAAAACUUUCUCAAGAUCUGAGCACCUUGCAGGACACAUGCGAAUACAUACAGGAGAGAAACCCUUCUCAUGCACCGUUUGUGACGCGGCAUUUGCGGUAAAAUGUAACUUGACAAAUCACAUGCGAACACAUACCGGAGAAAAGCCCUACUCUUGCGACCUAUGUAACGUAUCAUUUGCUGAGUUUAGUAGUUUGUCAAAGCACAAGAAAACCCAUACUGGAGAAAAACAACACGCUUGUCAGAUCUGCAAAAUGGCUUUUGCCGUUGUUGGCAACUUGAAUAUACAUAUAAGAACUCAUACCAAUGAUGUGAAAAAGCCGCACACUUGUUCUAUCUGUGCCAAAUCAUAUACUACACCUGGUAAGUUAGCCACGCACAUGAGAACACACACUGGAGAGAAACCCUUCUCCUGUUUAAUCUGCAGCAAAACUUUUGUCUCAGAAGCCGUCUUAAAAGUACACAUGCUAAGCCAUUCUGAAGAAAGGAGGUUUCCUUGUACAAUUUGUGGAAAAAUUUUUAAACAACCAGCUUAUUUAAAAAAACACACGAUGACGCACACAGGAGAGAAACCCUUCUCGUGUUUGAAAUGUGAAAACUCAUUUUCGCGUUUAAGUCAUUUGAAGGGUCACAUGAGAAGUCAUGACGGUAUAAAGCCUUACACCUGUGGAAUAUGCAAGAAAUCGUUUUCUAAUCCAUUGACUUUGCACAUGCGAAUCCAUACUGGGGAGAGGCCUUUUCCUUGCUCAGUGUGUAACAAAGCAUUCAAAGACUCUGGAAACUUACAUAUUCACAUGAGAACCCAUACAGGAGAGAAACCAUUCUCUUGCUCUGUAUGCAACGAGUCUUUCUCUCAGACUUCUAAUUUGACUAGGCACAUGAAGAAACACAAAGAAGACUAUGAAGAAAUGUGAACCGACUAGAGUGUAUUUUUAGACCUACGCCGAUCUACUUUAUUACACCUCUGACAUACACACAUCUGCUAUAGACCACCUCUGACAUAUACUCAUUUGCUGUAGACCACCUCUGACAUACACACAUCUGCUAAAGACCACCUCUGACAUACACACAUCUGCUAUAGACCACCUCUGACAUACACACAUCUGCUAUAGACCACCUCUGACAUACACACAUCUGCUAUAGACCACCUCUGACAUACACACAUCUGCUAUAGACCACCUCUGACAUACACACAUCUGCUAUAGACCACCUCUGACAUACACACAUCUGCUAUAGACCACCUCUGACAUACACACAUCUGCUAUAGACCACCUCUGACAUACACACAUCUGCUAUAGACCACCUCUGACAUACACACAUCUGCUAUAGACCACCUCUGACAUACACACAUCUGCUAUAGACCACCUCUGACAUACGCCCAUCUGCUAUAUUACACCUCUGACAUACACACAUCUGCUAUAGACCACCUCUGACAUACAAACAUCUGCUAUAGACCACCUCUGACAUACGCCCAUCUGCUAUAUUACACCUCUGACAUACACACAUCUGCUAUAUUACACCUCUGACCAACUCGCAGCUGCUAUUUGGACAUGUUGCUGCAGCCCCGGCCUGCCUUAGCCGAGGCGCUGGGCCCCGGCAAGCCUGUUCUAGGCGCAGUGUUAGACCAAGAAAUAGUCUAACUUCAACCCUCAAGUAAUAUGAAUGACAUUGCAGUAGGUCGGAAAGUUAGUAGAGGGGAUGUUGCGUAUAGACGAUGUAACAUUACCGAUCUGAUGAAUAAAACCUAAAAUGUCAAAAUCCCUACCUCAUAAAUAAUGAAUGCUUAAUCUCUUAAACCUUAAUACUCAAAACUUGAUCAAUAAAAUGUUAUAAUGUUUUUAAUAUUUUUUUAUUUUAGUAAAUGUUGACUUUGAGAACAAAGAAAUGACAACGUUAUGCUACUAAUACGAAAGCCUUUCAAAUAUUCUAAAAUGUUCAAUGCA